AACAAUACCAUUCGGCGCGAAUCGACCGCAAGGAAAUAUUGGUUCAACGUUAACUGUCCGAAACUGUCCGUUCCCUAUAUAAUACGACCCGUGCCGGCUUUUAUCCGUGCUUGAAGAAUAACGUACAAUGGAGUCAUCCUCGUCCGAAUGCCCUAUCGACAGCCUUCCACCCGAGAUUAUGCACAUCAUUUUCGACUUUCUCGAUCUGGAAACAUUAAAAUCGGCCUCACUCACCUGCCACCGCUGGGAACAUAUUUUCGCCAAAUACUGCACUUCUCGCUUCAAGCUGUGCAUCGAUACAAAAGAUCGCAAAAAUCCGGACAGUACAGAACCACCCACCAAAAGAUUGCAACGGGCAACUAAGAUGUUACAGCGCACGCAACGCGUCUACCGCCAUGUACAUCUGAGUCUGAUGUAUGGUCGGUUUGGUCCCAAGCAUACAAAUGGUGUAUUUAGCACGAUUUUCGCACCGCACUGGCUGCAGCAAUUGGUCGUGCUAGAUCUAAAUUUGGCACUGGAUUCGGAACAGAUGGUCACGGAAGUAUCGGAUGCCAUCGGAAAGAUGAGCUGGCUGCAGGAACUAAGCGCUACGUUUUGCCACAAGCGACCCGACGGAACAAUUUUUAUAGGAGGUAAAUAUUUCUGUCAGUUUACGAAACUUACAAACCCCUCGCUUCAUAAGUUGAAGGUUAGGUGUCUUUUGCCUGCCUUCAUCGAUUGUCCCAAUAUGCGCUCGCUGGACGUCAGCCUGGAGCUGAACAAGAAAAGCAUCGCGGACAAAAUAUAUCUUCGGCACAACGAGCAGGAAGGAACUCUGUGGCGUGUGGAGCAGGUCGAGGAGCUCGUGAUUGACCGCUUAACAUCGGAUGAUAAACUAGACGUGACAGAAUACCUGAGGCAGUUUCUUCAGCAUAUGCCGCACCUAAAAUCGUUACGCUUGGGUGCGUUUGAUGUACCGGACAAAAUGCUGCAAGUCAUUGCCGACUCGUGCCCUCGGUUGGAGGAACUGGCGCUGAAGUACUUGAAAGUGGACGACCCGGACAUAUUGCGCCACCUCUCUAAACUUACUCAUCUGCGUAACUUAGGCGUCUGGUAUGCCUUAGGAACUCAUGACCAUUCACUGUCGUUCGCCAGCGUUAACCUUCCCAGGUUGGAGAAGCUGUAUAACAAUGAGGCUAUAUUCGAUUUCCAAUCGCUAGCGUGCAUUCCAUCGGUCAAAUGGUGCAAGAUCUCUCCGAACGUACGAAGAAGACCAAGAUCACUCGUCUGCGACGGUUUCGCUGAACAUUGGCGACAGCUACGAUUCCUUUGGCUCAACUUAGUUUACGUGCAGGAUUUGGCGAAUAUCCUUCUGGCUGAGUUGCCCAAGAUGCCUGCCCUGGAAAUGCUCGUACUGGAGAACGUAUUUAAGCUGCCUGACCUACACACCUUUCUGCCACCCUUACCCCAGCUAAAGCGACUAGUAAUCUACCAUAAGAAGGAAAUUUUGCAGCAGUACAAUAACACGGCUGAGUUGGCGAAACUAGUUCCGAACGUAAAACGCAUCGAAAUGAGUGAAAAUAAGUAUCGCUUUAAGUACGAUUUUGUAGGCAUCUUUUAGUAGCCCAGGGCAAUUACAAGAUCAGUGCAGCUUAAAUCGAGAGACAAACACGGUUUAGUGUAGAGUGCGUGAAUCUAGAAGGAGGUUGAGGUCUAGAUUUUUUUUUAAGUAUAAUUAAAAAUUAAUAUGAAGGCAAGCCAUAGCGCGGAGAUAUUGCACUAUAGAAAUACAGAAUCUUCAAUCUGAACAGCAAA